AUGGGAACUUGUUGCAGCCAUGUUUCAGUACAUGAUAUGGAAUCUUCAUGCAAGCCUAACCAUAAUGAUGGUGCAUGUGAACAUGAUGGGGACCGUAUCAUGUCAAGAGGGUCCUCUGAGUUUGUAUCAAUGUACAGCAAAAAGGGUUCAAAAGGAGUUAAUCAAGAUGCAUUCACUGUGUGGAAGGACUUCACUAAAACGAAGGACAUGAUCUUUUGUGGGGUGUUUGAUGGUCAUGGCCCUCUGGGGCACAGGUUUUCACAGUCUAUACGUGACAAACUACCCUCAAAACUCUCAGAAUCAAUCAAACAGUCACAACAAAAGGUGAUCAAACACAAUGAUACUAAUGCUACAGAUGGAAGUAGUGAUAGUAAUGUCCAUGUUGAGGAUAACCAAAACAUGUCCUUUGCUUCAUGGGAGGGAAGUUUUAAGACGUGCUUCACUGAAAUGGAUGAAGACCUUGCUACGAACAUAGACCCUACAGGGUUAGCUGGAGGUAGCACUGCUGUAACUGUUAUCAAACAGGGUGACCAAUUAAUUAUUGGCAAUUUGGGGGAUUCACGUGCAGUUCUUUGCAGAAGAGCAGAUGACAACAAUCUUGUUCCUGUUCAACUUACUGUUGACUUGACCCCAGAUAUUCCAAGUGAAGCUUUAAGAAUCAUUAACUGCGGAGGUAAAAUAUUUUCUAUAAAAGAAGAACCAAGAGUAAAUAGACUAUGGAGGCCAAAUGGGGAUCGCCCUGGACUGGCUAUGGCAAGAGCCUUCGGAGAUUUUUGCCUAAAAGAAUAUGGUCUCAUCUCAGUUCCUGAUGUGUCAUACAGAAAACUUACAGAGCAGGAUGAGUUUGUGGUUUUGGCUUCUGAUGGGGUAUGGGAUGUGCUAACAAACAGUGAAGUAAUAGACAUAGUUGCUUCAGCACCAAAAAGGUCCAUGGCGGCUAAAUUGUUAGUGGACCAUGCAGUUAAAGUUUGGAGACGUAAGUAUAAAUCCAUGGUUGAUGAUUGUACUGCUAUAUGCUUGUUCCUGAAGGAUCAAACUGUUCUAACCCAACCCUGA